UCAGAGAGGCGAGCGGCGCCAUGCCCGAUUUCCGGCUGUUCGCUAGGGGUUGGGCUCGGGCCGAGGAGGAAGAGGUUUGGUCGCGGUUGUCGUUGGCGUUUUACCACAGACUUCGGUCCGGUAUUAGCCACGUCUGUUGACGCCAAAAAUGGGAACCAGGGACGAUGAGUACGAUUAUCUCUUUAAAGUUGUGCUGAUCGGAGACUCUGGUGUGGGAAAGAGCAAUCUUCUCUCAAGGUUCACCCGCAAUGAGUUUAACCUGGAAAGUAAGAGCACCAUCGGGGUGGAGUUUGCAACCAGAAGUAUUCAGGUGGAUGGAAAGACAAUUAAAGCCCAGAUCUGGGACACGGCAGGACAGGAGCGAUACCGCGCCAUCACUUCAGCGUAUUACCGAGGGGCUGUGGGUGCUCUGCUCGUGUAUGAUAUUGCCAAACACCUGACGUACGAAAACGUAGAGCGGUGGCUGAAGGAGCUGCGGGACCACGCCGACAACAACAUUGUCAUCAUGCUGGUCGGCAAUAAGAGCGACCUCCGUCACCUGCGAGCAGUGCCCACCGAUGAGGCCCGGGCAUUUGCAGAAAAAAACAAUCUUUCGUUUAUUGAAACGUCGGCUUUGGAUUCAACUAAUGUAGAGGAAGCGUUCAAAAAUAUUCUUACAGAAAUUUACCGCAUCGUUUCGCAGAAGCAGAUCUCGGACCGAUCGGCGCACGACGAGUCUCCUGGCAACAACGUGGUGGACAUUAGCGUCCCCCCGACCACUGACGGUCAGAAAUCCAGCAAACUGCAGUGUUGCCAGAACAUGUGACCUGCCGGGCACGGCCCUGGGCCCCACAUUCCCCCCAGUGCGCGCUCGCUCGCGUGUCGUGAAUGCUUCUGUCGUGUCCUAUGUGAUUAGUGAAAUUUGUUCCAAUCUCCGACUCGUAACAGUAGAUAACAUUCCUUAUGCAUAUGGACUUCCCCUGUGAUUUGACUACUUUGCAUGUGCAUUCUCUCCCAUUUCCUUCUUUGGACUGUAAUUAUGACAUUUGAAACCAGUGAAGCAAUACUUCUGUACAUAACCGUCUUCAUUCUUUUUAGAAAAAAAAACUCAGUCCCUUCAAAAUCCUUGAACACAGUAAGUUUCAGCCUAGGUGCAGACUUUGUGCUUGUUUCAAUCUGAUGGUGGCUGUUUGAGUCACUGGAGAUCGAGAUGUGAAUGUAUCCCUUUUAUGAUGCUACUGAGGCCUUUAUAUCCUGCAACAUGCUUAAAGUAUUUAUAAGCUGUAGCCUUUGGAGCUUUCAAAGGAAACCUCUUUUUCCUUUCUCUCUGACAACUGGUGUUGCGACCUCUAUCUAAUUUUAUUUGCAAGUCGCCUAUUUGUGCAUCUUAAUGUAGUUACGCAGAUCAGCGUGCUGCUGUGUGUUGACAUGGUUGAACUUUCAGUACAUUACAGACCAACACAUUCCCAGAGCAUGUAAAUAUCUGCGCACAGUGAAUUUCCUGUUCACGUGAGGCAAAGUGCUGAGGUUGGGGCUGGAGCAGAGCCUGCACCUUCUUGAGGAAGGGCAAGUUUCCAAAGUCAAACUCUCUCGGAAUUAUGGUCGUUGGGAGCACGGGUAUUGGCUCUAUUCAGACGCUGCCUGGAUGGCUGAGCUGUGUGCAAAGCCCUGGAGUGAGCAGGAAAAGCUUGCAGCAGAUGUUUGAAAUCUUUCUCCUCCCCCUCCCCCAAAACAUACUUGGAGCUUCAGGAAGGGACUAAUUUGCCUACAGUUUAAAAGGAUGUGGUUUCCCAACCAGCUCUUUCAGGCAUUAGCGGGUUAAUCCAAUCAAGAAAUGUAUGGAAUCGAACGUCUUCUGUAUAACUCCCACCCACCCCACACACACACCCCCAACUGAUAAAAUUGCUGUUUCGCCUGUGACUGACACUGGGAAGAUCACUCCAUAAUGUGAGUUGGAACAUGCUCUGUUACUUCCUUGUCACUAAUGGCUCCUCGUAUUCCAUUAAGUGCAAUCCACUUUGUAAAUAUGUAUUGUCACUUGAUUGUGCAUGUUAUUAUGUAUGGUGGAUAAACGUGUUGCCAAACAGAUG